CCCUCCCUCCCGACCCCACCCCCACUGUACCCCCACUGUGCGGGAGACGCGCGCCGCUCCCGUCGGCACGCACAAAGAUGCGCCUCGGCUCUAAUAAUAGCCUCCCUUAUUUUUACCCCACCAACGCCUUAUUGCAUUAUGGAUGCCCCCGGAACGGUGCCCCUGCCAGAUAGCGUGGGAACAUCUCGGUAGAGAGGCCGUGGCCCUUCCAUCCUCUCGCGGGGGCCGCCCGCUCCAGCAUCCCGCCGCCGCCACAGAAGGAGAAGAAGAAGGAAGAGGAGGAGGAGGAGGAGGAGGAGAAGAAGGGAACGAGACGGGCCGGUUUUCCGCGCGUGUAGACCCGCCCGUGCGCCGGGGGUGCGUUCGGUUUGGCCCGCCGCGGUAAGACCUCGUUCUCUGCAUGCCGGAUCCAAGUCCGCCGGAGCGCGAUGCGGGAGUAUAAGGUGGUGGUGCUCGGCAGCGGCGGGGUGGGGAAGUCCGCCCUGACGGUCCAGUUCGUCACCGGGACGUUCAUCGAGAAGUACGACCCGACCAUCGAAGAUUUCUACCGGAAGGAGAUCGAGGUGGACUCCUCUCCGUCGGUGCUGGAGAUCCUGGACACGGCCGGCACCGAGCAGUUCGCCUCGAUGAGGGACCUUUACAUCAGGAACGGCCAAGGCUUCAUCCUGGUCUACAGCCUGGUCAACCAGCAAAGUUUUCAGGACAUCAAGCCCAUGAGGGACCAGAUCAUCAGGGUGAAAAGGUACCAGCAGGUGCCGGUGGUGCUGGUGGGCAACAAGGUGGACCUGGAGGAGGAGCGGGAGGUGUCCCCCGGCGAGGGCCAGGCGCUGGCCGAGGACUGGGGCUGCCCCUUCAUGGAGACCUCGGCCAAGAGCAAGACCAUGGUGGACGAGCUCUUCGCCGAGAUCGUGAGGCAGAUGGACUUCUGCCCUCUGCCGGACCGGAGGGAGGCCUGCUGCCCCGCCUGCAGCGUACAGUAGCAGCCUGCCAGGGCGGGCGGUGGGGGGGGGAGGGGGGGAAGUGGAAGGCGGUCGGCAAUUAGGAUGCAAAGGAAUUAUGGUUAGUCGAGUUGAAGGGAUUGGAAAGUGAGAACCCACCAAACUGUUAAGACCUGCUUCCUGUAUCGAGCAGUUUAGGCCUGUGCAUUCUGGGAAAUGUAGGAAAUCCCUUAACUGAUACAGGCGUAGCAAAAAGAGGGUUUUAUGGGAGGAGGGGGCGGGGAUUCAUCACUCUUGGGACAUCGGGUGGAUUUUUUUUCCCCCUGAGAGAGAAAAAAAGCGACGCGACCCUCGACCGCCGGCGUCCCUCACCGUCCUCCCGGUUGACAGAAGACAACGCUCCGGGUUUCCCGAAAGGCAGCACGGUGCCAAAAACCACCUCGACAGCCAAGAGGAUCAUAGUGCUAAAUGCAUUUUGGGAAACCAGCCAUCGGCCCGGGACGUGUUCGACAGUUUUAUCGCUCCUCUUCUCUUCUGCUUAUGCUUCUUUAUUUUUUUACUUUUGCACGUUUGGGAACUUUUUUCUUCCUGUUUUUUUUUUUCAAACAGUGCCAGACCAGUCACCUGGAUGUCCCGACCCGGAUGUCAAGUAACACCACUGUGAUGGAGUCGUACUGGAAGUUAAUCUCACAGCAGGGCCCGCCUGAAUAUGGAUGAAUGACGAGAUGAGAGAAUGUCUGAAAAAAGGGGAGCCGCACCUCAUUAACGCAGGACAUCCCAGAUGUUGGCCUGCUGUGGAUGGCGUGUGCAUGAAGCUGUACUGUCACACCGACAUUGAGUACGACCAACGUCACCCAAAGAGACAGUAUCGAUCAAUCAACUGAUGAAACAAUCAGCCGGACACUUCUUUACACCUUACAGAUGAUACAAAUGCCUUGUUACAUUGUAUGACGUGAACAUCAGUGUCAGCGUGUAGUUCUUUUAUCUUAACGUCACAUCAGAUAUGUUAGCGGUUCAAUGUGAGGAACACUUAUUUUCAACAAAAAAAAAAUAAACCUUUAUGCACACAUG